ACUGGACCGGAUUUUUAAAACGCAGCAAACAAGAGGAGUAAACGAGUAACGAACAGGAGCGAAGAGGAUUUAUUUACCAGAUUUUAUUUAUAGAGGAGAAUGGCUGACAGCUGCUGAAUAUCGAUUAUCAACUGGAAGGUGAUCGGUUCCGAUCUGGGACCAGAAACCCGGACCCUUUCUGUUAAUUCCCACCCUGUCAGGAUUGUCGGCUGGCCUGACAUCAUUGGCUGCUGGUUGGGAAUGAAUCAUCAUCAUCAGCAGCAGCAGCAGCAGCAUCAUCCUCAGCAGGACCACCACCAGCAGCAGGAGGGUUGAGGGAUGCUGUCACUGUUACUGCACCCUUAAAAAGCCCACUCACCGACCCACCCAGGCCUACUCCCACUGAUUAGUCACGGCCGUGGAUUCAGCAUGGAGGAAAUCCUCAGGAAGCUGCAGAAAGACGCGUCGGGACACAAACACAAAGCCGUCCGAGAUGCGUGCGUGUGCGCCUGCGAAACUCUGGAGUCUCAGAAGGGAUCAGCCAAGAUUUCUCCUUCACAGCUUCGAGAGCGCUGCCUGCUGCCACUGCAGAUGGCUCUGGAGUCCAAAAACGCCAAACUAGGACAGACGGCGCUCUCUGGCAUGCAGAAAUUCCUGUGUGACGACAGGUUUGUGGGUGGUGUUGGCUUGGAGGUGGAGGUUCUGGAGAAACAGCUGCUUAGCCAGAUGUUGGAGGCCAUCAGAGUCACUCCAUCCCUGCAUGAAGACCUGCAGGUGGAAGUCAUGAAGGUCCUGCUCUGCAUCACCUACUCUCCGAACUUUGACAUUAAUGGAGACUCCAUCCUGAGGAUCGCUCAGGUGUGUAUUGAGACCUACAUGUCCAGCUGUCACCAGCGCAGCAUCAACACAGCUGUGAGGGCCACCCUGAGUCAGAUACUGGGAGACCUGACACUGCAGCUGCGCCACAGACAAGAGGGAGCUGAAGGAGAUGAGGUGACUGCGCUGCCUCUGCAGAGAAAAGACGUUUCCCCCACCAGCCAGGCUCUGUGUGAGGACGUGGUGAUGGUUCUGACUGUUUUCUGUGAGAAACUGGAGUUGGUGGACAGUAACAAUCAGCUCCUGCAGCUCCUCUACCUGGAGUGCAUCCUGUCCAUGCUCAGCAGCUGUCCUCCCACAAUGCACUUGUCCAGAGGUUUCACCGACCUUGUGUGGAAGCAGCUGUGUCCGUCCUUGGUGGCAAUUAUGGGAAAUCCAGUCAAUGAUAAAACCAUCACAUCUCACCACAGCUACAUGGGGGCGCCAGAGAGAGAUCGGCUUUCAGAGAGAAUCGCCCUAGGAAUCAGUCAGGAGUUGGACUGCUCUGGUGGAGGAGUAUCCGAUCAGGGCAGGGGGUCCGGCUGCUCCUCCAGCGCCCCCGCCAGAAUCGCGCCUGUUGUGCGGACUGUGUGCUACAUCGCAGCAGAGCUGGUGCGCCUGGUGAGCUGCGUGGAGUCGAUGAAGCCGGUGCUGCAGUCACUGUACCACAGGAUCCUGCUGUACCCACCCCCCCAGCACCGAACCGAGGCCAUCCGCAUCAUGAAAGAGAUUCUUGGCAGCCCCGAGCGCCUCUACGACCUUGCUGGGCCUUGUGUAGCAGAACCUGAAACCAGGAAGCGCUCCUUCUCAAAGAGGAAGUCCCACCUGGAUCUGCUCAAACUAGUGAUGGACGGGAUGACCGAGGCGUGUAUGAAGGGGGGCAUUGAGGCGUGUUACGCCUCUGUUUCCUGCGCUUGCGCUCUUCUCGCUGCGUUGGAUGAGCUGUCGCAGGGUCGCGGCUUGCAGCCUGAGCAGGCUCGUUUUCUCCUCAGACGACUUGACGACCUGAAGGAUGGAUCGGAGUCCACUCGUGAAUCCAUGGAGAUCAACGAGGCCGACUUCAGAUGGCAGAGACACAUCCUGUCCUCAGAGCAACCUCAGUGGGAUCCUAGCUCUUCUUCCUCCAACUUGGCCACGGCGGGCACCACCGACCGCAGCCCCGACAUCAGCAUCAGCAUCACCACAGAAACAGGACAAACCACCUUGGACUUGGAAAUGGGGGACCUGGGCCUGGGUCAGGGACACACCACUUAUGUGGAGUGCGGCGAGGACGCUCGCACCUCGACUUGUUCCUUUGGAACCCCGGAGAGAACCCAACGGGAGCCAAUAGGAGAGAUAGCUCAGAGUGGUGAGAGGGAGGAGGGAGGAGGCCGCUCAGUGGAGGUGGAGGGACAGGAGGAGAAGGAAAGAGGCGGAGGAGACAGAGGAGGUGUUGUUCCUCCUGAUGUGGUGCAGAGGAGUCACGCUCUGGUCUUCCCUGACAUCACCAACUUCCUGUCAGUGGAUUGCAGGACGAGGUCGCACCAUGGAGCAGGGUCGAGGUACAGCGAGAGCAACUUCAGCAUGGAAGAGCAGGACUUGUCUCGGACAGAGUUUGACUCGUGCGAUCAGUACUCAAUGGCUGCAGAGAAAGACUCGGGACGCUCCGACGUGUCUGACAUUGGUUCCGACAACGUCUCUCUGGUCGACGAGGAGCAGCACACGCCUCGGGACUGCCCAGGUCAUCGCUCUCUGCGCACUGCCGCCCUGUCCCUUAAACUGCUGCGCAACCAGGAGGCCGACCAGCAGAGCGCCAGGCUGUUCGUCCAAUCACUGGCUGCACUGCUGCCCCGCCUGAUGGGACUGGCCACUGCCAAGGACGUGGACCUGUCUCUGCAGAACUUCUGCUCCACACUUUGCUCUGGACUGCAGGCUGGUGGGAUUCACUCUCCAGGUUUUGAAGCAAGCGACUCUCUGAGCUGCCAAUCUCUGAUGAACGCAGAUGGUCUCUACCUGGUGUCGUACUACACUCUGCUGCUCAACCUCAAACUCUGCUACUGCGACUACUAUAGACGGAAAGAGCUCCCCCCAGUCCUCAGUCUGAAGGAGUUUAUUCGGCUGAUUCAAAGCAGUGGAGUCCUCGUGGUUCUGUCACAGGCCUGGAUAGAGGAGCUUCACCACCAGGUGUUAAAGCACAACCUGCUGGCUGAUGCCGGAUACUGGGGCAGGCCAGAAGACCACACGUUGCCACUCAUCACCAUGCUGACAGAUAUUGAUGGCCUGGGCAGCAGUGCGAUUGGAGGUCAGAUGAUCCGGAGGCCGUCCAGCCAAUUAGCGCUCGGCUCUGAGAAGGCUGGAAGUGACAUUGUCACUGCAGGUGCCGUGUUUUCCCGCUUCAUCCUCACCGGCGUGUGGAAGAACCUGAUUGAUGUGCUGUCCACUCCUCUGACGGGUCGCAUGGCGGGCAGCUCCAAGGGGCUGGCCUUCAUCCUGGGGGCAGAGGGGCUCAAAGAGCAGAGCCAGAGGGAGAGAGACACCAUCUGCCUGAGUUUGGAUGGCCUACGGAAGGCUGCCGCACUCAGCUGCGCCCUUGGUGUGGCUUCUAACUGUGCAUCGGCCUUAGCCCAGAUGGCUGCAGCCUCCUGUGUGCAAGAGGAGAAGGAGGUGGCAGAGAUGGGAGACGCCAUCGCACAAGUGAAGCAGCGCAUGGAGCAGCGUCUGGAGCAGAUCGGCCGUCCUCAGGGAGUCCGGCUCCACACGGCUCAUGUGUUGUGUAUGGAUGCCAUCCUGAACGUGGGGUUAGAGAUGGGCAGCCACAACCAUGACUGCUGGCCACAUGUCUUCAGAGUAACAGAGUACAUCAGCUCACUGGAGCACACUCAUUUCAGCGAUGGCUCCUCGCAGGCAUCCUCCCUGACCACCAUCACCCAGCAGAACCAGCAGACGGCCGGCGUGGACCUGGGUCUGGAGCUGAGCUGUGAGCCAAGCCCCGAGGCUGCAGAGCUGAGCCUGAGCCAGCCGGUCAUCCAGCCGCUGUCCAUCCAGGAGCUGCUGAAGGACAGCAGCAGAGGAGGGCGUGGCCUGGACCUAAAGAGUGGCAGCCUGAUGACGGGGACCAGCGCUGCCAAGGCCGUCUGUACUCUGUCCACUCAGGCUGACAGGCUGUUUGAAGAAGCCGCUACGAAGCUGAACAUGGUUGGUCUGGUUGGUUUCCUGCAGCAGCUCAGGAAAGCUUCUCAGUCCCAGCUGUUCAACUCCAUUACAGAGACUGGAGACUACUCGCUGGCAAUGCCAGGAGAUGCCAAGUCGACGCUGGACCGCCGCAGCGCUCUGCAUCUCUUCCGUCUCGGAGAGGCCAUGCUGAGGAUCGUCAGGAACAAGAACCGGCCACUGCUGCACAUGAUGAGGGCCUGGAGCGUGGUGGCGCCACACCUGGUGGAGGCUGCUUGUCACAAGGAUCGCCACGUAUCCCAGAAGGCUGUUUCCUUCAUCCAUGACGUUCUGACAGAGGUGCUGACGAGCUGGGCGGAGCUUCCACACUUCCACUUUAACGAGGCCCUUUUCAGACCGUUUGAGCACAUCAUGCAGCUGGAGCUCUGCGACGAGGACGUGCAGGACCAGGUGGUAACAUCCAUUGGAGAGCUGGUGGAGAUGUGUUCCCCUCAGAUCCUGUCCGGGUGGAGGCCUCUGUUCAGUGCUCUGAGGACCGUUCACAGCAGCAAGACGGACACCAAAGACUACCUGCUGGGAGAAUACUCCAUGGGGAAGUCCCAGGCUCCGGUGUUUGAUGUCUUUGAGGCUUUCAUCAACACGGACAACAUCCAGGUCUUUGCCAACGCUGCCACAGACUACAUCAUGUGUCUGAUGAAGUUUGUGAAAGGACUGGGAGAGGUUGACUAUAAAGAGAUUGGAGACUGCAUUCAUGUGUCCGGGUUCAGCUCUACUGACCUCUGCGUUCCGGCUCUCGACUACCUGCACAGAUGUUCCCAGCUUUUGGCAAAGAUCUACAAGAUGCCGUCCAAGCCGGUGUUUCUGGGCGCUCGGCUGGCCAGCCUGCCAAUGAGGCCGCAGGAGCGGUCCAUCAGCAGUGAGGACGGGAUCGACUGUGUCCUCCAGGAGUUCGAUGAUGAUACUGGUUUAAUCCAGGUGUGGAUCUUACUGUUGGAGCAGCUCACAGCAGCAGUGUCCAACUGCCCCCGACAACACCAGCCUCCCACCCUGGAGCUGCUCUUCACGCUGCUCAGAGAGGUCACAACUGUACCAGGUCCUGGUUUUGCCAUCUUUGCCGUCAUCCAGCUGCUGCUUCCUGUGAUGUUGCUGUGGCUGCAGCGUAGCCAUGGCGACCACUCGUACUGGGACGUGGCAGCGGCGAAUUUCAAACACGCCAUCGGCCUGUCAUGUGAGCUCGUUGUGGAGCAUGUCAACAGUUUCAUCCACUCAGACAUUGGUUGCGAGUCUCUGAUUAAUCUGAUGCUGAAGGACCUCUUCAAGCUUUUGGUGGUCUGCGUAUCUGAACCUGCAGAGACCAUCUCCAGAGUGGGCUGCUCCUGCAUCAGGUACGUGUUGGUGACGGUGGGUCCAGUGUUCACAGAGGAGAUGUGGAGGUUGGCCUGCUGCGCUCUGCAGGAUGCUUUCUCUGCAACAUUAGAGCCUGUGAAGAACCUUCUAGCGUGUUUUCACAGUGGCUCAGACAGCUUCUCUGGAGACGCCUGUGAGGUGAAGGUGGCGGCUCCAUCUCACUCUCCUUCAGCUGAGGCAGAGUACUGGAGGAUCAAAGCUAUGGCUCAGCAGGUCUUUAUGUUGGACACCCAGUGCUCUCCAAAGACACCCAACAACAAGGAUGGCUUUGAGCAUGCUCAGUCCUGUGUGCUCAUCAUAGAGCUGCCGGCUGACCAGCAGUCCAAUGGGCACGCUCAGAAGAGGAAAAUUGGUAUCCCGUUCCGGACCAUCGUGGUGAGCCUGCUUUCCCAUCAGGUCCUGCUCCAGAACCUCUACGACAUCCUGCUGGAAGAGUUCAUCAAGCAACCUGAUGGCAAUGAGAGGGUGACACCUGUGACCUCCGACCCUAGCAGGCCCACUGCCGGCUUCCUGCGCUACAUCUCCAUGACAAAUUUAGCCAUCAUCCUGGACCUGCUGCUGGACUCUUACAGGACAGCUCGGGACUUUGACACGCGGCCGGGUCUGAAGUAUCUGCUGAUGAAGGUGUCGGGUGUUUGUGGAGCAGCUAACCUCUACCGUCAGUCUGCGAUGAGCUUUAACCUCUACUUCCAGGCACUGCUGUGUGCCACACUGAGCCAGGCUGAGAGCAUGACCUCACAGCAGGUGAAGAGGAUUCUGUAUGAGGAAGAGGAGGGCAGUUCUGACUCCUCCCACCCUUGCUCUGCCUCCUCAGAGGAUGAAGAUAUCUUUGAAGAAACAGCACAGGUGAGCCCCCCUCGUGGCCGUGAGAAGCGCCAUCAGUGGCAGGCUCCUGUCCCGUCACUCAGCGUCCAGCCUCUAGGUGGCGCCGACUGGGCCUGGCUGGUCAAACGUCUAUACAAAGUGUGCAUGGAUCUGUGCAACAGCUACAUCCAGAUGCACCGGGACCUGGAGAGCACGCUGGAGGAGACGGCCCUGCUGAGAGGAGGUGGAGGAGCAGGAGGAGGGGAUCACGUUUUCCUUCUGCCUCUCUUCCAGUCUGAAACUUCCACUCCGACUUCAGCUGGCGGUUUCUCUGCAAGGGGGACGCCCUCAGAGGAAGGAGGCACCAGAUAUCAGGGAGUAGAUCUAAGUGCAGCUUCACCAAGAGAAACACCAACACCCAGUCCCAGAUUCAGCUUCACAGGCAGUCUGCCGCACCACUUCCAGACCGGAGCAGAAAGGAGAGAUUCCGUUUUCACAGGAAGCUCGGUAGGAGGAGUUCCCAGCAGCGCUGCGCCUGGAAGGAGAAAGGAAUGGUGGGAAAAUGCCGGUAACAAACUGUACACCAUCGCCACAGACAAAACCAUCAGCAAGCUCAUGACGGAGUACAAACGCAGGAAACAGCCUCAGCAGCAACCGCAGGUGCAGCAAACCCACAUCAACCUGUUCAUGAAGGAGCAGGGCCGAGCAGCGCCAGGAGGAGCAGUGGAAGCAGACAGGAGAGGCCCGGUGGAGCUGCAGAGACCCCAGCAGCUGGUGGACCAGCAGGUCCCCCCACUUAGACACUCCGUCAGUGCGGGGCCUGAAGUGCUGAGGCAGGAGAAGAGGCCUCGGUCAGGAUCCACCACCAGCUCCCACAGCAUCUCUGUGAGGGACUCUGAGGCCCAGAUACAGGCGUGGACCAACAUGGUCCUGACUCUUCUCAACCAAGUCCUCCUCCUGUCGGACUCCACCUUCCUGGCGCUUCAGCCGGCGCUCUACCCCUGCCUCAGCCAGCUUUCCUGUCACGUGACCGAUGCAAGAGUCCGACAGGCACUGCGUGACUGGCUCUGCCGGGUCGGCAGACUGUAUGACAUCAUCAUGUGACAUCACAGACUGUGGCUGAGUGAAAGACGUGUUCUGAGGAUGUUAUGACGCUGCGUUGCGAGACAGAAUGACACUAUUGCAGCGAGACGACUGUCAGACAUCAGCCCGCAGCUGGAUGGGGGAACAUUUGAUGAAACAAAUGAAUCAAGUUUGUAAAGAACUGUUUGUACGAUGGAGAGAAUUUGUAUAAAUGUGCCAUUUUUGCUCCGGUUCCUUGAUCUGUGGAGCCCAGAAGUCACAAAGCUGAAAACAGAUUUUCUGAAUACCUUUGAAUUAUCUCAUAAUAACCAGAACUGCUCUGUUUUGGCUUCUCUCAUCCUGAUAGCAUCAUUGUUGUGUUGCUGGACCAACUUUUCAUAUUUAUUGGUACUUUGUGAUGUUUCCAUGUGCAUCGCUGCAUUCCUCAGUGUCAUGAGUGAAAUAGUUGGCCCUCCUUAUAUCUCUGAUCUUUUUCUCAAAGUUCCUCCAGUUAACAGAAAUGUGCACUUUGUUGCCAUCAUGCAUGUGCAUUUGUCUUGUUGCUACUGAGUUUGAAACCCAGAGAGAAAACGGCUCAUUUCCUUUAAAACAACAAAUAUGGUGCCUUUAGGGAGGAUUUAACAAGCUCUUGCUUAUUAUCAUUCAUGUUUUAGUGUAUAUUUAAGUUACCAGAACAUAAGAGAGAUCUGUGAUUCUGACAGAGUUUAUGGUUAAAAUAAGCUCCCAGCAUUUAAUCUCUGUAGAGACCGAAUGUGGAUUUGUUGAUUGAAUCUGAUUGUGUUUAGAUGUCUUUCCUGCAGCCUCUUUGUGUCUCUUUCUGUAACACUGAAUGUCGCUCCACUGAGGUAUUUAUUUAAACCAAAUGCAACACAUAGAACAUGGAUUUAAAUGUUUAUGGCCUCCUCCUUCUGUAAUGAUUCUUCUCUCACUGUAAAGAUUCUCUUGUUUUAACCUUGAGACAGGUGAGAAACAUGUGGAUGGUGUUACUGCUAUCACUGAUUCUUGAAUGUGCUCCUGAUGCUCCAUCUGUAUCUGCAUAGUUGAUCGCUCUGGGUGGGUUGCAUCCAGUCUGAGGCCUGAAACACUCAGCUGCCGGUUAACAAAAUGUUCAACAUCUUCUGUUACUGACUGAAUGUCUUUAUUGAAAAUAGAACCAAAUACAGCUGACUGGUCAAAGUGUA